GGAUUUUACCUCAGAUCAGGGGAGAGAGUCUAGUCUUUGGUGAGACUGAAGGGGGGAGUUAUCGGGAGAAAGGGACCUGGGGAGCUCUUCAGAGAACGGAACCUGCAUGCAUGGUGACCUCCACCUCUGUGGGUGAUCCUCAGUCACCAUGAAAGACUAGGAACUCAGCUCUCCGAGGGAAAUGGCCCGUUUUGUAAUACCCCUGCCCUGCUACCCGGCGCAUGACUCCAGCUGCCUCUGAAGGGCCCGUCAGCUGUUUUAUGGGAACUACCACUGUGCUUGCACCCUUGAGGAUUUAAGCUUUUCCAGGAACACUUUUUUUUUUUUUUCUUUUACCCCCACUGUUGAGCUGAAGCAGAGAGUGGGGAGGCGUCGAGACAAUGGCGAACAACUCGUACAGCGGGGUGAAGAACUCCAUGGUGGAGGCCAACCACGAUGGAGACUUUGGCUGCACGCUCAAAGAACUGCGCUCCCUUAUGGAACUGAGAGGCGCAGAGGCGCUAAGCAAAAUUGGGGAAUCUUUUGACGAUAGUCAAGGACUCUGCCAGCGGUUAAAAACAUCACCUAUAGAUGGUCUAAGUGGACAGCCCGCAGACAUCGAGAAGCGGAAAACAGUGUUUGGGCAGAAUUUAAUACCGCCCAAAAAACCCAAAACUUUUUUACAGUUAGUUUGGGAGGCGCUACAGGAUGUCACACUGAUUAUCUUAGAAGUGGCAGCCAUAGUUUCACUAGGCCUUUCUUUUUAUAGACCUCCAGAUGCCGAAAGAGAACACUGUGGAAGGGCAGCUGGCGGUGUGGAGGAUGAAAAUGAGUCGGAAGCAGGCUGGAUCGAGGGCGCCGCCAUUCUUCUGUCAGUAAUCUGUGUGGUGCUGGUGACGGCGUUCAACGACUGGAGUAAAGAGAAGCAGUUCAGGGGCCUCCAGAGCCGCAUCGAGCAGGAGCAGAAAUUUACCGUCGUCCGUGGAGGACAAGUCAUCCAAAUUCCUGUGGCUGAGAUCGUGGUGGGCGACAUUGCACAAAUAAAAUAUGGUGACCUUUUGCCCGCUGACGGAGUCCUCCUCCAAGGCAACGACCUGAAGAUCGAUGAGAGCUCACUCACAGGAGAGUCAGACCAUGUCAAGAAAACACAUGAAAAAGAUCCUAUGCUGUUAUCAGGCACCCAUGUAAUGGAAGGCUCAGGGAAAAUGGUGGUCACUGCUGUGGGUGUCAACUCUCAAACUGGAAUUAUCUUCACUUUACUUGGGAGCGCUGAGGAGGACGAAGAGGAUGAGGAGGAGAAGAAAAAGGAGAAGGAGGAGAAGAAGAAACAAAGAAAAAACAAGAAGCAGGAUGGGUCUGUUGAAAAUCGUAAGAAAGCUAAAGCACAGGAUGGCGCUGCGAUGGAAAUGCAGCCUCUGAACAGCGACGAGGGAGCUGAUGCGGAGGAGAAGAAGAAAUCCAACCUGCCAAAGAAAGAGAAGUCUGUUCUCCAGGGCAAACUGACCAAACUAGCCGUUCAAAUUGGCAAAGCAGGAUUGGUUAUGUCAGCAAUCACCGUCAUCAUCCUGGUGGUGCUGUUUGUAGUCGACACCUUCUGGAUCCAGAACCUGCCCUGGGUCAAGGACUGCACCCCCGUUUACAUCCAGUUCUUUGUGAAAUUCUUUAUCAUUGGGGUCACCGUUCUGGUGGUGGCUGUCCCUGAGGGCCUGCCUCUCGCUGUAACGAUCUCCCUGGCGUAUUCUGUUAAGAAAAUGAUGAAAGAUAACAACUUAGUGCGACACUUGGACGCUUGUGAGACUAUGGGCAACGCUACGGCCAUCUGCUCUGACAAAACGGGCACGCUCACCAUGAAUCGCAUGACUGUGGUGCAGGCCUACCUCGCUGAGAAGCACUACAGGAAAGUCCCCGAACCGGAGAACAUCCCCUCCUCCAUUUUAGACAUCCUGAUUCUGGGCAUCGCCGUCAACUGCGCCUACACUACAAAGAUCAUGCCUCCAGAGAAAGAAGGCGGCCUUCCUCGACAGGUGGGCAACAAGACCGAAUGUGCCUUGCUUGGCUUUUCUAAAGAUCUAAAGCGGGACUACCAGGCUAUUCGGAAUGAAAUUCCUGAAGAGAAACUAUACAAAGUCUACACCUUCAACUCAGUGAGGAAGUCAAUGAGCUCUGUGUUGAAAAUGGCUGACGGCAGCUACCGUAUGUUCAGCAAAGGGGCGUCAGAAAUUCUCCUAAAAAAGUGCUAUAAAAUCCAGACGGCAAACGGUGAGUCGAAGGUGUUUCGCCCGCGUGACAGAGACGACAUGGUGAAGAAAGUGAUCGAGCCCAUGGCCUCAGAGGGCCUGAGGACCAUCUGCCUUGCAUACAGAGACUUCCCUGCCUCUGAGGGAGAGCCUGACUGGGACAAUGAGAAUGACAUCCUCUCUGGACUGACCUGCCUCUGUGUGGUGGGCAUCGAAGACCCUGUGCGACCUGAGGUGCCCGAUGCCAUCAAGAAGUGCCAGCGUGCCGGCAUCACGGUGCGGAUGGUGACCGGUGACAACAUCAACACGGCUCGAGCCAUCGCCACCAAGUGCGGCAUCCUGCUGCCCGGAGAUGACUUCAUCUGUAUCGAAGGGAAAGAAUUCAACCGCAGGAUACGCAAUGAGAAAGGAGAGAUCGAACAAGAGCGCAUCGACAAGAUCUGGCCCAAACUACGAGUGCUGGCUCGCUCUUCCCCCACAGAUAAACACACACUAGUGAAAGGUAUCAUUGACAGCACAGUCCUAGAACAGAGACAAGUAGUAGCAGUAACAGGAGACGGCACCAAUGACGGUCCUGCCUUGAAGAAAGCCGAUGUUGGCUUUGCCAUGGGUAUCGCUGGCACAGAUGUAGCCAAGGAGGCCUCUGACAUCAUCCUGACUGACGACAACUUUUCCAGCAUCGUCAAAGCCGUCAUGUGGGGACGAAACGUCUACGACAGCAUCUCCAAGUUCCUCCAAUUUCAGCUGACUGUCAACGUGGUGGCCGUCAUCGUAGCGUUUACAGGAGCCUGCAUCACACAGGACUCCCCGCUCAAAGCAGUACAGAUGUUAUGGGUCAACCUCAUCAUGGACACCUUCGCUUCACUUGCCCUGGCCACAGAGCCCCCCACAGAAGCCCUGCUGCUGAGGAAGCCAUAUGGCCGCAACAAGCCGCUCAUCUCCCGCACCAUGAUGAAGAACAUCCUGGGUCAGGGAGUGUACCAGCUGGUCAUCAUCUUUACUCUGCUCUUUGCUGGGGAGAAAAUUUUUGACAUCGACAGUGGCAGGAAUACACCCCUCCAUGCCCCGCCGUCUGAACACUACACCGUCGUCUUCAACACCUUUGUGUUGAUGCAGCUUUUCAACGAGAUCAACGCCCGCAAGAUCCACGGGGAAAGGAAUGUCUUUGAAGGCAUCUUCAACAACCUCAUCUUCUGCAGUAUCGUCUUUGGUACCUUCAUUAUCCAGAUCGUCAUUGUGCAGUUUGGAGGGAAGCCGUUCAGCUGUGUGGCUCUGACCGUCGACCAGUGGCUGUGGUGCACUUUCUUAGGCUUUGGCUCUUUACUAUGGGGACAGGUAAUCUCCUCGAUACCCACCAGCCGCUUAAAAUUCUUGAAAACGGCGGGUCACGGCACGCAGAAGGAGGAGAUCCCAGACGAGGAGUUGGACGAGCUGGAUGACAUGGAAGAGAUCGACCACGCCGAACGAGAGCUUCGCCGGGGACAGAUCCUCUGGUUCAGGGGCCUCAAUCGCAUCCAGACUCAGAUCCGGGUGGUGAAUGCAUUCCGCAGCUCCAUCUCCCUCUAUGAGGGGCUGGAGAAGCCCGAGUCGCGAUCAUCCAUCCACAACUUCAUGACCCACCCUGAGUUCCGGAUAGAGGACUCUGAGCCCCAUAUUCCCCUCAUAGACGACACCGACGCCGAGGACGACGCCCCGACCAAGCGCAACUCAGCAAGCCCCCGCAACACCACACCCACGCCGCCCUCACCCACACUCACUCCUACCGCCAUCUCUACCCCAAUCGUGCCGGUGUCACCCUCCCCAAACCAGAACAAUAACGCUGUGGAGAGCAGCAACCACCUCCUCCCAGAGGGCCCCAAAUCAGGAACCCCCUCAGCCCCGGGGAGCCCCCUACACAGCCUGGAGACCUCCCUUUGAUCUGACCCCUGACCUCCACACGACGACGUCACCACCACCUUUCUGCCCGUCACCAAGGAGCUUCGACUCGGACGCAGCGAACGAAAGGAGUGAACACUCAGAGGAGAGAGGGAGGGGCCGGGAGGAGAGCAGGGUCCUGCGUGAGCUCAGCUCGGGCCGGACUAUGAGAACAGCAAACAUUCAGAGGAAUGUGCGGCUUGGUGUGGAUGCUUUGGUCUUCUUUUAUUUUUGGUUCUUAUGAAAACCCCCGCUGCAACACGAGGACUCUGUCUCCACCCCUCCCUCCUUUUUGUUUUUCUCGGUAAACAAGGGGUGAUUAUAAACUCAGAUUGAAAGUGACCUGUUUUUAUUAUUCUAUUGUUAUUAUUAUUAUUAUUAUUUGAAUUGAGAAGGGGAGGAGCUCCUCCUGGCUUGAAGAUCGUCUGUAAGAAUUCAGAAAGAACCUUUUAGCUUCUCUUUUAUCUGAAUGGUGUUGUAUAUUUAUCUCUUUGGCCCUUUGCUCAUUCAAAACUUAUUUCUGCUCCAUUGGCUGUUAAUAUUUUGAGUUAUUUAUGUUUUUUGGAAAAAGCAGGUCUGUUUACAAAGUUUGUAGAUACUUUUUUUCUGUUUGUAGGCAAAUGAGCUUCCUGAUGUAUGAUGCAGAAAACUGGGACAGAAUAAAAAAUGAAUGAGAGGAUUAUUUCAGAUACUGCUGUAUUUUCAGGAAAAAGGGUGUUUCUAUUGAAACUUAACUAUUUUUGCCUGCAAGUUUUAUUUGUUAUAUAUUUGUAGAUAAAUGUAGAACCUUCUAGGCAAACCGAUAAACACUAAGGCUUGUAUAGAAAAGAGGUCCAGGGUCCGGGGCGCGGCAUUUUCACAGGAACACAGGGACGGGAAAGACGAUUGGGGGCCUCUGUCCACUAACAUUGCUAUAAAUAUAUUUACUUCUUCCAUUUCUUCGAUAGUUUUCAUGUGCACAAAAACCUUCUGGAGUUCUGGAUUCUCUUUUCAUUCAUUACGUUGUGUUCAAGGAUUUCCACAUGUUGAAAGGUUCACUCAUUAAAAGGGAGUUGAAAACACAUCUGGCACCAUAUUUAGCAAGCAUGUCAGGAUGUUGAAUCGUGCUGGACCAGGAAACAAAGUCUUACCUCAGAGGCGGGCGUGAUGUGUGAAUGAUGUCGCUUUUAGCACAACGUAGAAGCCUCUUCUUUAGAUGUCCGAGGUUUCUACCGUGUUUGGCCUGCUUCUUGUAGUAUUUAAUAUUAGUUCCAUUAGAACAGGCUAAGAUUAGCUGAAAAAAUGACACCGCUACAAGCUCUUUUUUUUUUUUUUUUGCACGUUACAGCUAAAAUGUUUUUGCCAAAGUCAUAAAAUCACAAAAACAUUUGAGUUGAUCACUUCUUUUAAUGGCUCAAUCUCGCCUUGUGUUGUGAGCCGAUCUAUUAUUACACAAUAAGUUUAUUUGGACUAAACGUGACUGUGCCUUGGCUACAAUAACAAUUUAGCUAACGCCACUGGCAGGUAAAUGUUGCUCCUCCGGCUGAAAGCCUCAUUCUGAUCAUCCUGAAGGAGGUUCUCUUUGAAUGCUUGUUAAAUAUGGACCCUGGUUAUCAGUUGGUGUUUUUUUUAAAUUAGCUGCAUUUUCAUGCAACUUUAGUUCCUUCAACAAAACGUUAGCCCCCUGCCAAUGUACAAUAUUGACAUUUGUUUACUCAGGCUUAAUAAAAGUAUUUAAUUUCAAAGGAAUCUAUAGAGAGAAACCCUUUUAAUUACAGACUUUGUGUAUUUAGAUAGUAAGCCAUUGUCUUGGUUAAAAAAACAAACAAACAAGUGAAUUAUUUUCAUAUUUCAUUCAAUCUUUAAGAUCACGCCUUAGAAGAAAAAAAAAAACGUAAUUUUACUCCUCUGAUUUCAGUUUUUUUUUACAUUUCAGAAUCAUGAACAGAGGGGGGGAAAAAAGUCAUGUUCUGUUCUUCAUCCCUGUCCGUCAGACUCCUUUCACCAUGAAUAAAUGUUGCUGCAUUUGAUUUGUUUGUAAGAUAUUUUUGACACCUGAUGUACUGGAAACGCUAAAGAAUUGGACAUGUGCAUUUUUCAAGAAUAAAGACUAGGCAUACACUGGUAUCAAUCUGCACAGGGUACUUUAUUUCAUAGCGUUCCUCGGGGGAAGAAGAAUUUUGAUACAAACCAUGAUAGAGAAAAUGUACCUUUGUAUUUUUAUGACGAUACUGAUGAUACCUUUCAUCGUACUAAACCGAUUUUGGAUGAUUUGACACCAAUCACGUUCUAUGGGGGAGGGUUUUGGCCACUAAAUUGUGUGUUGUUCUGGAAUCUUCAUCUCAGGGUGCAAAUGGUGUGAGAGAGAACAAGACCUCUUUUGAGUUUGUAUAUUUCCACUCUUAAUUCAGCGUUUGGGACGGUGCUUGUCUAUCACACACGAUGACUGGGGCAGCAGGCUGCAGAUUCUUCCUGCAGUCUUCUGGCCGUGCACGGUGGGGAGAGGGGAGGGGGGGGGGAGGGAAAAGGAAAGUGUAGAUGUUAAAUCAUGACGUUCUCUGAGGGAAAAUAAAGUUCUGUUUAACUUGUUUUACAGAUGACAAAAUAGCAGCUAGGAUCGCAUAACAAAGUGAGCAAUUGAAAAGACGAGGAAACCGCAUGAGGAGUUUGUUCUGUAGCUUCUUCCUGUAAUGGGAAUGAAUGUUUUUCCAUCUGUUUUAUGGAUUAUUAUUUUUUUUUUUAUCUUUUAACAUUUGGAAAUAAAAGUACUUCAUGUCUGUUUAUCUUGAGCAUUUUAAAUGGAUAUCGUGAUUGGAUUUACAUUUGAAACUUGUCGAGUAAUGUGUAUGGUUUUUAAAAAUAAAAAAUGUAUUUAGCCUAA